GCAGCCGCCAUGUCACUCUUUCGCGACCACCUGCUAAAACUCGAACCGGGUGCUGAUUUCACAGAGUCUCUUCCGCGCAUCACCUCGUCUUCGGGACGAGUGUACUAUGCAAAGUUCUCGGCAUCAGAGGCAGAGACUGAACAAUUCAUUGGUGAAGCAGAGUCGCUCAAACAUAUCGCUAUCGCAGCCCCAAACCUAGCACCUCAUUUGCUGUCGAGUGGUUCUACCGGCGAUGGACGGCACUUCUUCAUUGCUGACUACCUCGAAUUCACCUCACUCAAGGGGGCGGCUUCACGGAAGCUUGCUCAGCGCCUCGCCCUCGAAUUACACGCGCACAAGAGCGAAAACGGCUUUGGAUUCGCAGUGCCGACAUAUUGCGGGAGAACACGGCUCCAAAACGGGUGGUUCGAAUCGUGGCAGGCGUGUUUUGCUGCACAAACGCGGGAUCUGCUUUCCCAAUUGAGCCAGAAAGGCGCGAACUACGCGCGAUUGGUGCGCAAAGGCGAAGAGGUCUGUUCCGAAGUGAUUCCUCAGUUGCUCGGCCCACUGGAAGUUUCUCCGGUCCUUCUGCACGGCGACUUGUGGAGUGGUAACGUGGGCGAAACGUCUACUGGAGAUCCUGUUAUCUUUGAUCCGGCGUCUUACUACGGCCACAAUGAAGCUGACCUUGCUAUAGCUCGAAUCUUCGGCGGGUCUUCCAAGGGCUUUUUCGAAACUUAUCAUCGACACCUACCCAAGACCGAGCCUGUGGCACAAUACGAGCUUCGCGCACAUCUUUAUGAGCUCUUCCACUAUCUCAACCAUACAUUGCUCUUUGGGGGCUACUAUGCCUCCACUGCUGAACAAAAGAUGGAUCUUCUGCUUGGAGCCAAUCUGGAUUUGUAA